UUACGGUGAAGGAGCGCCACCGGAAGUGGCUCCGCUAGCGGGUAGCGGUUCCUUAAAUGUCAUUUUUACUGAAAUCCUGCAUCGUUUUUACGGAAGGAGAAAAAUGUUAACACGGACCAGCUUGAAGACGAUAUUCCGGAAUAAAUCUCUGCAGCUGUAGACUUUGCAACCGGUGGCGUCGGGUCGGGUCGGAGCGAUGCCGGUGGAGAGCGGGAGCAGCGCCGCCCGGCAGGCCAAGCAGAAGAGGAAGUCCCACAGUCUGUCCAUCCGCAGGACCAACAGCACGGAGCAGGAGCGCUCGGGCCUGCAGAGGGACGUCCUGGAGGGACAGGACUCUAAACUGCCCCUUCCUCUGAGGACCAACCUGCUGGACCUGUUCAGCCAGAUCGAGAGGGAGUUUGAGAACCUCUACAUCGAGAACCUGGAACUGCGCAGAGAGAUCGACACGCUGAACGACCGUCUGGCAGGCGAGGGCACCGCGCUGGAGGGCGCGGAUUUAGCUAAAGGAGCCCUGAAAACCAAAGCCAGUCACAGCACCAGCCAGCUGUCCCAGAAGCUCAAGACCACCUACAAGGCCUCCACCAGCAAGAUCGUGUCCAGUUUCAAAGCCACCACGUCCAGAGCCGUGUGCCAGCUGGUCCGGGAGUACGUGGGACACCGCGAUGGCAUCUGGGACCUGAGUGUGACCCGGACCCAGCCGGUGGUGCUGGGGACCGCCUCGGCGGACCACACCGCCAUGCUGUGGAGCAUCGAGACGGGAAAGUGCCUCCUCAAAUACACCGGCCAUCAAGGAUCAGUGAACUCCAUCAAGUUCCACCCCACCGAGCAGAUGGCGCUCACAGCCUCUGGAGAUCAGACCGCUCACAUCUGGAGGUACCUGGUCCAGCUGCCCACCCCUCAGCCUGUGGCUGAUAUCAGUCAGACGCCCUGCGAGGACGACGUGGACUUCUCGGACAAGGACGACGCGGACGGCGAGGCGGAGGGGCCCGCCGACUGCCCCUCGCUGCGCGUGGCCACCACCACGCUGCGCAGCCACCAGGGCGUGGUGAUCGCCGCCGACUGGCUGGUUGGGGGCAAGCAGGUGGUGACGGCCUCGUGGGACCGCGCCGCCAACCUGUACGACGUGGAGACGUCGGAGCUGGUCCACUCCCUCACAGGACACGACCAGGAGCUGACUCACUGCUGCACACACCCCACCCAGCGUCUGGUGGUCACCUCCUCCAGGGACACCACCUUCAGACUGUGGGACUUCAGGGACCCGUCCAUACACUCCGUCAACGUGUUCCAGGGACACACAGACACGGUGACGUCCGCCGUCUUCACGGUCGGGGACAACGUGGUUUCUGGGAGUGACGACAGAACCGUGAAGGUUUGGGACCUGAAGAACAUGAGGUCUCCCAUCGCCACCAUCCGCACAGACUCCGCCGUCAACAGGAUCAGUGUGUCGACCAACCACAAGGUCAUCGCGCUCCCUCACGACAAUCGGCAGGUCCGGCUGUUCGACAUGUCGGCUGUGAGGCUGGCCCGCCUGCCCCGGAGCAACAGACAGGGUCAUCAGCGGAUGGUGUGCUGCUCCUCCUGGUGUGAAGAAAACUCCACCUGUAACCUUUUCACCUGCGGCUUCGACCGACAGGCCAUCGGCUGGAACAUCAACAUCCCUGCUCUGCUGCAGGAGAAGUGACCUGCUCCUCUUCCUCCUCUUCCUCCUCCCUUUCCUCCUCCUCCUCCUCUUCCUCCUCUUCCUCCUCCUCCUCCUCUUCCUCCUCCUUUUGAUCUUCAUGUUUGAUGUCCUGGUGUCUGUCAGCUCCAGAUCUCCUCUGAUCUCCUCUGCUGGUGUGUGAACACCAUCAGCCAUAACAUUAUGACCGCUGUGUCAAUCCCCUACACACACACACACACACCUAUACACACACAGAGCAGCACCCUUCAACAUGUACAUACGUUGACUCUGGUCCUAAAAGCCCGUCUCAGCCGGAUUUCCAGCAGAUCCGAGGAGCUGUUCAGAGCGUGAUAAUGAGACAUACUGAUCCGUAGAGGGACUCGCCGACGGACGGCUUCUCAUUUCAUCUCAUGGGAAAAAAAAAAAACAAAAUGCUGACAGAACUAAUGUGACGUGAGAGCAGUGCCCUUCUGCCGUACCGCCGUUCAUAUGAUUGUAACCACUCUCUUCUCGUGAAUCGCAGUGCCCUUUAGCCAGGAGUGUCGUGGGAGUCUGUCCGUGUCGUUAUGGUACUUUAACAAAAAAAAAAAACAAUUAGAAGAAAGUGUUGUGAUGCGUUCACUGUCGGCUGCUUCGCUUUGCCACUGCCACUAAAACACUCAGCCAAAGCUGUGUGCGUAUGUGCGUGCGUGUGUGUGCGUUCUACGAACAGUGUGAGUUACUGCAUUGAUUAAAAAGCACAGUUCAUUUUACAAUGAAAAACAUGUUUCAGUGGGUACAAACCUCUACCCACUGUGUGUGUGUGUGUGUGUGUGUGUGUGUGUGUGUGUGUGUGCGUGCGUGUGUGUGUGGUCAAACUUUAAUUCUGCCUUGUUGAUGCAGGAUGAGCUGCACACACACACUCAGUCUGCACAGAGGCAAUCUGCGCGGCGGCCGUCCACGAGGCGUUCAGGGACCGUGGAAGUCUUCAUUAUUGCUUGGAGGAUUUUUGGAUAUUUGACGCUGUAUUUGAAAAGUGUCCUCAGCGCUGGCUGGAGCGACGACACUUCAAGCUUGAGAGAAGUUCAGAGGUCAAAAUGUUUGGAGUUUUGUGAGGACAGUUUGAGGGGACGGCCUGGUCUGGGCUGGGCUGGGCUGGUCUGGUCUGGGCUGGGCUCUGACGGUCUUCUGUGCAGACUGGGUGUUUUUGUGCUCCUUCAAAUUAAAGACUUGAGUUUUGUAUGAAUGCCUGUUGAACGGUUCAGCUGGAAACAGGUUGUUAUUGUCCAGAACAGACUGAAGGGCGUUUCUCUCCUCUUUUAUCUGCGCCACUUCAGUAAAACUCCCCCGUUUCCCCGUCCUCACACGCCGUUGCAGUUUCCCGCUUGUUUUUUCACUGUAGCUUCUAACUUCUGAAUAUCUGAAUUCAUCUGAUCAGCCCUGAUGUCUGAUUGAUCAGAUGCUUCUCAUUCUAGUUCCUGAGCGUAAAGAACAGUUCUCAGUUCAGGAGAACCUGCAAUUAGUGUGUUCCUGACGUGUUCCUGGGAGGAACAAAUCCAAACAUUUCAAUUCAUUAUGCCGUUUUUCUGUAUUCUGGAUAAAUUUAACAUUUUAAGUCUUGAAAUCAGAACUUCACAAUAAAUCGUUUUAGUUUCAGUGAAGUUUUCAAACAUUUUCUGAUUUCUACAGAUGCACUUUGAAAAAGUUCUUUAAAUUAAAAAAAAAAAAAUGUCGACACAGGAGGUAGUUUAAGGUGCGAGUGUGUUUUUUGUGUGUGUGUGUGUGUGUC